AUGUCCCAGGAGGCGGGUAUGUUUGAUGCCCGUGAGAUAGUUGCAGCCCACGACUUAUCGGAAUUCACUCGAGAAGUGGAAGGCCUCCCACUGCCCCCAAGCUUUGAAUGGGGAACCGCUACAGCCGCAUAUCAGAUAGAAGGGGCUGCCACUCAAGAUGGAAAAGGGCCCUCCAUUUGGGAUACGUUUUCGCACCUCAACCCUUCUCGCACCAAUGGCGAGAAUGCCGAUGUCGCCUGCGACCACUACCACCGAACGACAGAGGAUAUCAAGCGGAUGGCCUCGUUGGGCGUCGAUGUAUACCGGUUCUCCAUCGCCUGGUCCCGAAUCAUUCCACUUGGGGGUCGCAAUGAUCCUAUCAACGAGCAGGGCAUCAUGUUUUACAGCAAUCUGAUCGAUGAAUUGUUGUCACAUCAUAUUGCGCCGGUUGUCACUUUGUACCAUUGGGACGCACCGCAGGCAAUUUACGACCGGUACGGAGCAUUGCUCAAUACCGAAGAAUUCCAAGCCGACUUUGAAAACUACGCGCGUCUUUGCUUCAGUCGAUUUGGGAGUCGUGUGCAAAAGUGGGCGACCUUCAAUGAGCCAUAUAUCAUUUCCAUCUUUGCCCAUCUCAAUGGAACUCUCGCCCCAGGCCACUGCCGGGAGGCUGGCACCGAUACGAAAACAGAACCCUGGAUCGUUGGUCAUACUAUCAUCAUCUCCCAUGCUACCGUGGUUUUGAUGUACGAGAAUGAAUUCCGUUCUUGCCAGAAAGGCGAAAUCUCCAUUGUUCUCAACGGCCAUUACUACGAACCCUUUGAUGUGACCAGUAGUCAAGAUGUGGAUGCAGCAAAGCGCCGGCUGCUCUUCUAUAUCGGCUGGUUUGGAGAUCCUAUUUUCCUGGGAGAGGACUAUCCUGCUGUCAUGCGAGCCUACUUGGGCUCUCGGCUACCCGAAUUUACCGUUAUGCAACGUGAGCUGCUCCGGCGAGCUGCGCCUGUCAAUACCUACUAUGGGAUGAAUCACUAUUCCACCAAGUAUGUACGUGCGCUGUGUGACCCGCCAGCCGAGGAUGACUGGACUGGCAAUACGGAGGAGCUGUCCAUCAAUAGUGAAGGCAAAGAGGUUGGGCCUGUCUCAGGGGUAGCCUGGCUUCGAGUUGCGCCGGAUGGUUUCCGCAAGUUGCUCAAUUGGAUUUGGAAGCGGUACCAACUGCCCAUCAUCGUGACGGAGAAUGGCUGUCCCUGUCCCGGUGAGGAUGUUGUUUCAACCGCUGUCGACGAUCAAUUUCGCCAGCGAUACUUUGGUUUGUAUUUGGACACGAUUUCCCGUGCUAUCUACGACGAUGAAGUUCCCAUUCUUGGCUACUACGCUUGGAGUUUGAUGGAUAACUAUGAAUGGUCUGCUGGGUUUGGGCCUCGAUUCGGUAUCAUCCAUGUUGAUUUCAAGACGUUGGAACGGACGAUGAAAGGUUCUGCAUAUUACUUGCGGGAUACGUUCAUUGCACGUCGAACGUUGUCAUCUAAGACCCCCGAGGGUUGA